AUGGCCACCAAGACUUCGCAGGCCGCAAAGGAAAGCAAGCUAUGGCAGGACAGACUUAAGAUAUACUGCCUGGAGAACAAAUUGGAGGAGCCGUUUUACAAUUACGAAUCUGAUCGUCGAGGAGGUCGCACAGCUUGGACCUCCAAGGUCACCGUUCGGCACCAUGUCCCGGGAGUCCCGUGGACGAUUGCGGGACGAUACUUCUUCGAUGGUGAUAAUAAUGCCCGAGAAGAUGCUGCUGAGGUCGCCUGGAGGAAGUUGACCAACAACCCUUGA